CUGGAUUUCUACUCCUGGCUGCCGUCACCACCACCACCACCACCACAUCCACCACCGCAAGCAAACCCUAAUCUCGUUUUCUCUCUCCUUCUGACGCCAUGGCCCGAAAGCGAAAGCUCGAUUCGAACUCAACGGAGGCCUCCGAGCCCGCCAAGAAGCAGCAGCCGGAGCCGGAGCCCGUUGUCGAAGAGCCCAAGCCCCAGGAACCGCCGCCGGAGGAGGUAGUCGAAGAAGAAGUCGACGAGGAGGAAGAAGAGGUCGAAGAAGAGGAGGAGUACGAAGAGGAAGAGGAGGUCGAGGAGGAAGAGCCCGGCGUUGAGUAUAUGCAGAAGACGGAGAAUGAAACGACGGCGGCGGAUCCGUCUCAAUCCGGCGCCGGGAGCGAGCAGAACGGCCGCAGCGGUGAGGAUGACGAGGACGAGCCGAUUCAGGAUCUUCUGGAGCCGUUUAGUAAGGAUCAGCUGGUUACUUUGCUCAAGGAGGCGGCGGAGAGCCACCGCGACGUGGCGGAUCGGAUCCGGAAAGUCGCGGAUGAGGAUCCGAUCCACCGGAAGAUCUUCGUCCACGGCCUUGGGUGGGACACCACCGCCGAAACCCUAACCUCCGUGUUCACGGAGUACGGCGAGAUUGAGGAUUGCAAGGCGGUGUGUGAUAAGGUCUCGGGAAAAUCCAAGGGCUACGGUUUCAUUCUGUUCAAGACUCGCUCCGGCGCUCGGAAAGCCUUGAAGCAGCCGCAGAAGAAGAUCGGAAAUCGAAUGACCGCCUGCCAGCUGGCGUCGCUGGGCCCGGCCGCGACGCCGAGUGCCCCUGGCCCUGCUGCGGUGACGGCCCAGGCCCAGCAGGUUUCGGAGUACACGCAGAGGAAGAUCUAUGUGAGCAAUGUCGGGGCCGAUUUGGAUCCUCAGAAGCUGCUGAUGUACUUUUCGAGGUUCGGAGAAAUCGAAGAAGGGCCGUUGGGGCUGGAUAAGGCAACUGGGAGGCCGAAAGGGUUUUGCUUGUUUGUGUACAAGUCUUCAGAGAGUGCAAAGAGGGCGUUGGAGGAGCCGCAUAAGAAUUUCGAAGGGCACAUUUUGCACUGCCAGAAGGCUAUUGAUGGUCCGAAGCCGAUGAAGUCUCAGCAUGGGAACCAGCACCACCACAAUAGGAAUAAGAAUUCCGGUGGUUUUGGUGGCGGAGCGCCACCAGUGCCUGGCCAUAUGAUGGCACCAGGAGGUGCUGCUGGACUUGGGUUUAACCAGGGGCCUGCAUCAACGCAGGCAUUGAACCCUGCUCUCGGUCAGGCGCUAGCUUUGCUGGCGACGCAGGGAGCUGGUCUAAAUAUCUUUGGGACUUUGGGAGCUCCGGGUGUGAACCCUGGCGUGCCUGGAGGAACACAUGGAAUGCCAAGUGGGUAUGGUAAUCAGCCUAGUAUAAGUCCUGGAAUGAUCGGAACCUAUGGAAAUCAAGCAGCAUUGCCAGGAGGUUACCCCAACCCACAGUUGGGCCAAGGUGGAUCCGGAAGAGGGCCACAUGGUCUUGGGCAAUAUGGUGGUGCUCCUUACACGGGGCACUAGAUGGCCGAGCCAAAGGGGGAGUUGUUUUAUGUAGCCAGGUGUCGAGAGAUAACUUGCUCUUUUGGGUGGAUCAUCAAGGAAUUUGGUUUGAUUAAUCAUCAAAGCCUCAAAGGAACUUGAUUGGAUGGAACAGCCUGUUAAGAUUUGUGGAAGGUAAUAUAUGAUAAAAAUGAGUUAUUUUAAACAAGGAGAUAGUGGGGAUAGUGCAGUGAAGAACAAAGGAAUCGCAAUGACUCUUAGAAGGUAUUGGCCUUUUGAUGGUAAAGAGAUAUCAUCGUUCAGGUUAUAGAGUUGGUAAGAGGUAAGCCAAGAAUUGGUAAAUGAGGUCCUCCCGUGUAACGAAAGCUUGGCAGAAGUAAUCGCGCAUAAACCCUCCGAGAGGAUGGGUCAAUUUAAUCGAUAAAUGGAGCGAAGUUGAAACACAACCUUUUGGCAGAGGUAUUGGAUCUCAUUGUAGAGCGCAUGAAGGCAAAUGAACCUGGAAACCAAACUCCGCGGAUGGUAAAUGGGUUCUCCAGAGUGUUCAUAAGUACAAGAGAAGCAAGCGGCCAGUAUAGGUUUGUGCUCCGGUGAUGGUAUAGAAAGCGGCAAGGAGGUUCCUCCGGCAAACGAACCCCAACUAUUAAAUUGGUCUUCAUGCAGAUUUUCCCCAACUGAUCAGCGAUCAUGAACUCCUAUGUUUUCAAUUGUAAAUUAAGGCACGGUAUAUAAUAUUGUUCAAAAUUUGGUUUAAACCAAGGCAGGCUUUACUA